CCCCAUCCCCAUCAAAUCAUCAUCACCUCUCUCCCUCCCUCCCUCCCCAACUCUCUAAAAAAAACGACUUUAUUUAUUUUUUAUUUCUAUCUAGAUUGUAGUAGAAAGAAACAUCAACCAACCAAACAAAUUAUUAAAACUCCACCUGGAUAUCCGCCGGCGAACCACCCCAUAACACGGCGAUGCGAAGCGGACAUUUGUUCAAGGCUUCUCCGCCGGCGCGCUUGAACAUGGCUGUGCCGAGCGAGGACGACGCCGUAUUGGUCCAGAAAGGGAAGAAUCCAGGUGAUCCCCACGUCAUCACCAUCAAUUGUCCCGACAAGACUGGCCUUGGCUGCGAUAUUUUCCGAACCAUUCUCGAUUUCGGACUCUACAUUACCAAAGGAGAUUUUUCUACUGAUGGGAGAUGGUGCUAUGUAGUAUUAUGGGCGGUUCCUCACUGUAGCACCCCCGUUGUGAGAUGGCCAAAUUUGAAAAAUCGCCUUCAAUCUGUAUGUCCAACUUGUUCAGUCUCAUUUUACUUAAACCAACCAUCUCCACGGCCGGCCUCAUCUCCACUUUACAUGUUAACAUUUUGUUGCCUUGAUCGAACAGGAUUGUUACAUGAUGUUACUCAAGUUGUGUGUGAACUAGAGCUUGCAAUUCAGAAAGUAAAAGUGACAACAACACCAGAUGGCAGAGUCCUGGACCUCUUCUUCAUAACAGAUAACUUGGAGCUCCUCCACACAAAAACGAGACAAGAUGAGACUUGUGAACAAUUGCGUUCUGUUUUAGGUGAAUCAUGUAUUAGUUGUGAACUUCAGUUAGCUGGAUCUCAGUACGAUCGUCAUCAGGGUUCGUCUUCCCUAUCUCCAGUUGUUGCUGACGAACUAUUUAGAUGUGAACCAUCAGAUAAUGAAACUUGUGCACAGGCUCUUAGCCCAGAUAUGAAAAAAUUGAAGAAUGCCAGUGUAACAGCAGACAAUUCCUUGAGCCCAGCUCAUACAUUGCUUCAGAUACAGUGCAUUGAUCACAAGGGCCUCCUUUAUGACAUCAUGCGAACAUUGAAAGACUGCAAUAUUCAGAUAGCAUAUGGUCGACUUGGUCCCGUUAGAAAAGGUAAUCGUGAACUGGACCUAUUUGUCCAGCAAAAGGAUGGUAAAAAGAUUGUGGAUCCCGAGAAGCAAUGUGCAUUAUGUUCUCGUUUGAAGGCGGAGAUGCUUCAUCCACUACGCGUAAUUAUUGCAAACCGUGGACCAGAUACUGAACUCUUUGUUGCUAAUCCAGUGGAGCUUGCAGGAAUGGGAAAGCCACGAGUUUUCUAUGAGGUCACACUUGCGUUGAAAACUCUUGGAACCUGCAUUUUCUCGGCUGAAAUUGGGAGGCAUUCAACUGCGGAUCGGGAGUGGGAGGUGUACAGGUUCCUUUUAGAUGAGAACUGCAAAUUUGAAUUAUCAAAAGUGGUUGUUAGAAAUCAGAUUGUGAACAGGGUUAGAAGAACAUUGAUGGGCUGGUGAGCUGAUCCUUUUGCGUUGUCCUUCACUCCCCUUAACAUGUUCGGUACUUCUCCUGUAUUUUGGGCUUCGAGGAUCAGUUGAUUUGUAUGAAUAGAGAGCAUUAUCGUCAACAGUCAUGUUAGGCUUGUAAGGUUUGCAUUCUUGAAUCUUAUUUAAUCCGAAUGCUGUGUCCCUUGAUGUAUUUAAGGUUUGCUUUAACAACCGGGCUUUCAUCCAGUAAUACUACAAAUUUAUACUUAAUUACUCAGAAUUAUCAUCUUACAAUUAUGAUUUA